AUGGCCUCCUCGCUCUUCGUUGUUGUUGUCAAGACACACGACGACCUUCGGAAACUCCAACUUCUUCCGGCCAUAUGCUUGGUAGGCCUCAUUUGUGAUGCUAGUCUAAUCCUCAAAAUGUGCGAGAACCAAGAAACCACGGUGCAACGGUUAAACUGGAGGCUCGACGGUACCCACCCUCUUUACAGAUACCAGUCACUUCUAGCCACCACGGACAAGUUUUGUCAGCAGCUUGGCCAACCGUUGCCUUUGUCCCAAUUGAACAGCGAUCCCACCUGCCUUUUCCUUGAUCUUCCUGGGAAUUGGCAAGAGUCGCACAAUAUGUGUGAUUUCCAACCCUAUGUCCUCAACCAAGAGACGUUCCUUAGGUCUCAUUGUGGACCGCCAGAGAUUGCCGGUAGCGUUCUCAACCUCAGCCUCAAGAAUUGGCCCAUCUCCUUGGUGUUGUUCUUCUUUAAUCUCUUUCCAAACCUGCUUUGCAUGACCAUCCAAGGAUGUCAGUGUCUGUUGAAGAACAUUCCGGUCAUUCGCUAUCCGUACCUGUUGCCCCCAACUAUCAAACACCUAGCCCUCAGGAAGGUGGUGUUUGAGGAACACGCAUUGGAGACCAUGUUGAGUCCGGGCACCACAUUGGAAUUGUUAUCACUGAUAGACGUAUUCAAGGGCUAUGUGGUAUGUGCUCAACUCCUUAUUGAAAUGCCUUUUUAA